AGGGAGGUGGCGGCGGUGGCGGCGGCGGCUGCUGCUGAAGAGGAGGAGGGGGAGCGGAGGGAGGUGUUUCUGUCAGUUCCGGCUGUUUGUUCGGGAAGUGGAUCCGCCGCUGCCGGAGCAGCCCGGAGGGAGCUGCGGAACGCGAGGCCAGCACCGACCCCGCCCGCCCGCGCGCCCCUCUCCCGCCCGCCAUGGCCCGGGACUACGACCACCUCUUCAAGCUGCUCAUCAUCGGCGACAGCGGUGUGGGCAAGAGCAGUUUACUAUUACGGUUUGCAGACAACACUUUCUCAGGCAGCUACAUCACCACCAUUGGAGUAGAUUUCAAGAUUCGGACCGUGGAGAUCAAUGGGGAGAAAGUGAAGCUGCAGAUCUGGGACACGGCUGGGCAGGAGCGCUUCCGCACCAUCACCUCCACGUAUUAUCGGGGGACCCAUGGGGUCAUCGUGGUUUAUGACGUCACCAGUGCUGAGUCAUUUGUCAAUGUCAAGCGGUGGCUUCAUGAAAUCAACCAGAACUGUGAUGAUGUGUGCCGAAUAUUAGUGGGCAAUAAGAAUGAUGACCCCGAGCGGAAGGUGGUGGAGACAGAAGAUGCCUACAAAUUCGCUGGGCAGAUGGGGAUCCAGUUGUUUGAGACCAGUGCCAAGGAGAAUGUCAACGUGGAAGAGAUGUUCAGCUGCAUCACGGAGCUGGUGCUGCGCGCGAAGAAAGACAACCUGGCGCGGCAGCAGCAGCAGCAGCACAACGACGUGGUGAAGCUCACGCGCAACAGCAAGCGGCGGAAGCGCUGCUGCUGACGGCGGCCCCCGCCUGGCAAGAGUUCCUCGGCGCGUCUGCCGGGAGGCGCCGCCGGCCCGCCCCGCCCCGCCGUGCCGGAAGGCGUUGGACCCGCCCCCUCCAGCCCCGCCCCGCCCCGCCCGCCGAGGCCGGCGCCGGGACUGACGGACGUCUGUACAUAUGUAAAUCGCUUGGACCGGCUGCUCCUCCGCGCCCGACCGCCGGCCUCCCGCCCUCCCGUCUCGUCGCCAGCGGCCUCCCGAGGAGACGAUGGAGCCCCACCGCUGCCCGCCCGGCUGCUGGAGCUGGGCCACGUGUCACCGGUUCCCGACAAGCUGGCAGCCUCCAUCCUGGGCACGUAGGGGCCCAGCUCAGCUCCCUCCCUAUCCCCUGCCCCAGAGCCACUCCGGCAGCCGGGAAAGCUGGCCUUGAGGUUGGCCUGGGGGCUCCCGUUAGGGGCCCUGCCCUUGGUUUGCAGGAAGAGUUACUGCUGUCCUUUGGCCAACAGAUUUCUUGUUCUGCCUUCUAGAUGCCUCUGAGCGACAAGCCCAGGGGAGCCAUGGCUUCUAAUUUAUACCGACUUGUUUCAGUUCCAACACAAAGGUAGGGGUGUGCAGGGAUGGGGCUUGUGGGGGUCUAAGGAGCAUUGUUCUAACAGAUUUAAAAAAAAAGAAGCCAAAUCAAAAUUAUUAAGUUCCUCACACUGUUUUUCCCUCUUCCUGAAGUUGGCACAGGAGCAAAAGUUGUGACCUUCCCCCUUUGGGUCCUGUGUGUUUAGAAGAAGCAAGUGGCUUCCUGUCCCUAUGGGGUUGGGCUCUCAGCAGAGCAGCUCUGCUUUCCGGGCCGUUUCUUGUGGGAGGUCCUCCCCCAUCCCCGGAGGUGCUGGGCUUCCAGUGCUGCCCCGGGCACCUUUGGAUGUGGACAGUGGGUGCCAGGGGCUGCAGGACUGUGGGGACGAUGCCUUGGAUCACUGACAGCUGUUUCAGUACAAAGACAGCAUGAGGAUUUCUUAGCGGGUAGGAAGGAAUGGCAGCGGGGCUGGGAGCCAGCCAGCUUUGUCCCGCCCUGGUCCCCUGGAAGAAAAGCCAGGGUCACUUGCACUUGAUACCAGCCCCCUCCUUCCCCCUCUGGACACUUCAUUUACCUUUCUUCUAAAAGGAUCAUGUAACCUGGGAAUAAUUUAUUUCAUCACCAUGAUGUGUUUUACUAGAUUUCCUUUCCUAGGUGAUUUCCAGGCCAAGUCCUGAUUGGACAAUCAUGUCACAAAUCACACUGAUUUUUCCAUGUUAACACUGUUGAUAGGUUUUAAUCAGUAAAAACUGGGGGGUAGGGGUCUUCUGAUGGGUCUCUCCACUUCUCCAAACUGCCAAAAGCUUGUGGUUCUCUGUGACAGGCCUUCGUUUUUGGAGCGGCAGGAUGAGCUGGGGGAGCUCUGUGGGCCUGGGAAGGCGGUGCUGUGGAGGGGGCGCAGGGCCAAGCAGCAGGCAGCCCCAUCUAUUUGGGGGCCAGGAGCAAAGUAUGGUCUCCGUCCUCAGGACGGUCCUGGCUGGCUGUGGUUCCUGUGGGGGACAUGCAGAGUUUAGGGCUCCUGGAGUGAGUGGCAUACUCGACCUUGAGCAUGCAGGGAAUACCAGUGUGGUGGUGCUUGCAGAUUCAAGCAAUAAGAGGAGAGGGUCCUGGAAACUUCCAGCCUAGCCUAGGAGCAACCGUGGCUUCUGGCAACUGGUUGUCCAGACCCAGGGGGUGGGGUGACCUUGGUGACGACUAUGCCUGUCCUGUUGAGUUGUUACACGCAUGAAUGGGGGUUGGGGGUUGGGGGGACUCACAGGGCUGAACUGACGUCCUGGCGGACCUGAUGUGAAAUUCCUGUCAAACAACAAAACUUUUAAAUGGUUUGCUAGGAUUAUUUCUGUAUUGAAAGUUUCUAAUUAUGCUUUUUAAAAAAAUACUAAAAAUAAAGGUUCAAGCUGCCAAAUUUUC